AAUUGGAAAUAAUUUUUUUUUCUAAGCAACAUUCUUUUAUAUCGGGAAAAAAACCCCAACCCGCGGCGGAGUGACAUCUACAAAUCUAGUAACGUAAUACCCCUGUAUUUUUCUAUUUUCUGUUUUUCCCAUGUGCCCAUAGGAGCUUAACAAACACGUCACCAACAUUAUCCAAUCCAUCAGGCAUUUACGUCAUUUCAACCCAAACAAAAACGCACCGCAGUCAUGACUCCCCUCCUCCUUACACACACACACACACACACACACACACACACACACAAAUUAUUAAACAAAAAUAGAUGCUAUGCAUAGAUUGCUUGCACCUUUCGCUACAACAACUUGUACGCUCGAUUCUUUUUUUCCUAAUUAAAAAACCUAGCUAAUUAAAUCGCCUUCCUCUGUUACGAUCCCACGUCUCAUUUCUAUAAAAACCACGACGGAAAAAAUUUCAAAUUUCAAAUAAAAUCAAUCAACAAUAAUUAAAAAGAAGAAGAACGAAACCCUCACAAUCUUGAUCCGGACUUUUAAUCUUUGAAUGCCUGAUUUUAUAAACGAAUCCAAACCAUGUCAAACUCUGAUAAACCGCCGCCGCCGCCGCCUCCACCACACGACCGCAACGUGCAAGGACUGUCAUAAUCCGGUCGGUCUGGGCAGACAAUUUAGAAGAAGAAUUCAAGUUUAUCCGAUCCGAAAUCGACAGGUACCCAUUAAUCUCAAUGGACACAGAGUUUCCCGGUAUCGUUGUCCGUCCUGUCGCCGGAUAUCCGUACAACCGCCAUCGUGACCCAACCGCUCACUACUUGAGCCUCAAAGCCAACGUUGAUCUCUUAAAUCUGAUCCAAAUAGGACUCACGAUCGCUGACGAGUAUGGGAAUUUACCCGAUCUAGGUUUUAAAGAUCUCUGCUUCAUUUGGGAAUUCAAUUUUAGGGAUUUUGACGUGGCGCAUGAUGCACAUGCGCAUGACUCGGUGGAGUUGUUGAGGCGGCAGGGAAUUGAUUUCGAGAAGAAUCGGGAGCUCGGGAUUGACUCGGUGAAAUUCGCUGAGUUGAUGUUGCCGAGUGGACUCGUGCUGAAUCAGUCAGUGAGUUGGGUAACGUUUCACUGUGCUUAUGAUUUUGGUUACUUGGUGAAAUGUUUGACUCAUAAAGUGUUGCCAGAGGGGUUAAAUGAGUUCUUGGAAUUAGUGAGGAUGUUUUUUGGAGAUAGGGUUUGUGAUAUAAAGCAUAUAAUAAGGUUUUGUGCGGGUUUAUAUGGUGGAUUGGACCGGGUAUGUAAGGAAGUGGGCGUGGAUCGGGUUAUAGGGAAGAGUCACCAAGCCGGGUCGGAUAGUUUGUUGACAUUGCAUGCUUAUAUGAAGAUAAAAGACUAAUGCAAGAAAGCAUGAUGACUUGAAAGCUGCUGGCUGGUGACUUUAUCUAAAGGUCUGGCUUACUUGCUUCGGACUUCGCUGGCAAGAGCUAAAUUAUACUACAUUUGCUGCACUAACUUCAAAGCCUGGAAACAAAAAACAUCAAACCUUUGAAGUGGAGAAAGGGCGUCCGACCCCCUUUGAAUGCUUAGUUUCUUUCAACUGAAUAAUUGUACCCCAGAGAAACAGAUCCCGUUAUUGUAAUAUUAUUGUCCACAUACAAAGGCAUAUGCUCACGAAUGAGUUAUGUAUAUUGCCCCCAUCAUUCAAUCAAAAAGU